GAUGAGAAGACGGAGAAAAGUUCGCGAUCAGCACCGGGAAACUUUAUCAAAACCUGAAUGGUUGAAGUGGGAGAUGUUUUUGAUACCGCGGUGGUGGAUUCUAGCUGUUUAUUUGUCAGCUGUCCUUCCUCCCUGCUCAUCGGUCCAUGUUUUUGUGCGAGAUGAGAAGCGCUAUGCCAUCCUGUUCCAAUCCGUGGUCCUACCUUGCCAGUACAACAGUGUCUCCACUCAGACCCCCGUAGUGCAGUGGGUGUACAAGUCUUACUGCCGCGAUCGCACACGGGACUCCUUCAGCUUCUCUGACAGUAUAGGAGGAGGUCUGGGUGUUGGCGGGACCAGUACUGGGACUGGGUAUAAUGUACAUGGGUCAAAGACACAGGGGGGGUAUGGAGGGGGGUAUGGAGCUGGGUAUGAGACGGGUACAGCCAGUUACCUGGACUGUGCGGACAGCAGCAGGACGGUGCGCACUGUGGCCUCUGUGUCUGGGUCGUCCAUUACUUUGUCUGAGUACUACAAGACCAGAGACAUCUCCGUCAUCAACAAGGCGGACCUUCGUAUAGGAGAGGUGCAAUGGGGAGACAGUGGCGUGUACAUUUGUAAAGUGAUUAUAUCGGAUGAUCUGGAGGGACAAAAUGAAGCCUCCGUGGAGCUGCUCGUGCUAGAUUUUGGGAUAGCUGUGGUUUUGGUCUCUCAGCCGUACCUGAAGAUCUUCUGCCAGGCUUUGAUUUGA